AUGGCAGGGCCAGAGGCAGCAGAGGCACUCAGUGCAUGUGCGCCAGCCCUGAGAAGCGCUUUAGAUGAAUCCUCCUGGCGUCAGUUGGCGCUUGCAUUGCUGCAGGAGCAGCAGAAUUGUCGAGACGAGGAUCCUGUCCUGGGUCGCUACAUUCCUGGCUCGUGGAUGUUGACUUGUGUGUACUUGCUCUCAGGAGGCGUUGAAACUUCCUUGGCUCAUCCUGGAAGCUGCGCAGCACGGUUUCCGUCAGGCUUUGCGAAGGUGCUGCGUGCUGCAGAUGCACUUGAGCAUGGUCAAAAACUCGGAAACAGCGUUGAUGUGAGGCAUGCUGCAGCCCCGGACGGUGGCUUCACUGUGAGCGAGUUCCGGCGGUGCUUUGAGACCUCCAAGCCUCUGAUACUGAAGGAUGCCGAUACCCUAGCCACGAGCUCUCCGAAGGGCUGGGGUCUCGAUGCGCUGCACAGAUCCGUGGCAAAGCGUUUGUGCCGCUGCCAUAUCCAAGACGACGCCCUGGCUUUGACUUCUGGCAGGACCAAGCUCUCAGUGAUUCGUUUGCCCUUCGAUGAGUACGUGACCUACAUGGAGUCGCACAAGGACGUUGAGCCACUGUACCUGUUCCAAGAGCUGGAACCAGAUCUGAAACAGGCCAUCGACCCCAGUUUCCAUCCACCGGAGAUUUUCAAGGAAGAUUUCUUGCUGGAUGCCUAUGAGCCUCCUGAGGGUUUCACUGGCCUUGCUGGGUGGCUGCUGGUUGGACCUCCCAGCAGCGGGUCUCGUUGGCACUUUGACCCCUGGAGUACAGCCGCGUGGAACUUACUCUUUGAGGGCAAGAAACUUUGGGCCUUCUUUCCACCUUCGGAGCUGGGUCGAGCAGCACCUCCCAAAGUGGAGGCCCAGCUGCUGGGUGGUCUCGCUUCGGAGGCGCGCCGCUUCUAUGCGGCGCCUCCAGUGCUGACGCUGGCGGAUGUGCUGGGGACGCCAGAAGCUGACUCUCUACAUUGGGUCAUGCAAGGACCAGGUGAUCUCAUUUUCAUUCCCAGUGGAUGGUGGCACUGCACAGUUUCGCUGACAAAGACUUCAGCGUAUACGAGGAAUUACAUCAACAGCCUGCGACUCAGAGUGCUGAACGGGGGUGAUCCUGGGGCGAAUACGGGCAAAUGCUGA